AUGGUUUUUCCAAGGGUUGCGAGGAUCUAUCGAUCUUGUCUGUUCCAGAUCAUAGUUGUGGGUCUCGUCGCCUUUUGCGAACCUGGCAUCUGGACGGCCCUCAACAACCUGGGCGCAGGAGGCAAUGCCAGUCCGCGACUAAACAAUGCGGCAAGUGCCCUCACAUACGGCCUCAUGUCGGUAGGCUGUUUCCUUGCCGGAGGCGUUGCCAACAAGAUCACGUCCAAAUGGACCCUUGUCAUAGGUGCAGCCUUUUACACGCCCUAUGCUGCCGGCUUGUAUUGCAACAACCGGUACGGAAACGAGUGGUUCCUUCUGCUGGCUGCCGCUCUCUGCGGCAUAGGUGCAUCUCUGCUCUGGGCGAGCGAGGCCGCUAUCGCGGUGGGAUACCCAGAGGACGAGAAGCGAGGACUGUACGUUGGCAUUUGGAUGGGCAUCCGGCAGUUGGGACCACUUGUCGGCGGUUCCAUCUCCCUUGCUCUCAACGUCAACACAGCACACGCAGGCAAGGUUUCGUAUAAAACUUACCAGGGCCUUGUGGCCAUCUCGGCCUUGGGGGCACCAUUUGCGCUGCUCCUGUCGCAACCCCAGGAUGUCAUCCGGUCAGAUGGUACCAGGAUCCCUUACAUGAAGACGACCAGUUUUUCCAUUGAGGCUCGUGCCAUCUGGAAACAGCUACAUAACAAGUACAUGUUGCUCCUCAUUCCUGUCUUUCUUGCUGGGCAGUUCGGCACCACAUACCAAUCCAACUACUUGACGACAUAUUUCACUGUACGCGCUCGAGCCCUGGCAUCGUUCCUGACAGCAGUGGUUGGCCUUACAGCCAACAUCUCGACUGGACUGUUUCUGGACUGGAAGCGUAUGUCUAGGAAAUCUCGGUCUCGCAUUGCAUACAUUGUUGUGCUCCUUUUUGUCACGGCCUCGUGGGCCUGGAAUGCGGCGAUGCAAGUAGAGAUCUUCGCUCUGCCAGAGACGCCCACUCUGGACUUUGGUCACGGCCGGCUGUUCAACUCGUCCUUUGCCGUCUACAUUUUCUUCCGAUUCUUCUACGAAGCACUGCAGACGUACAUCUACUGGCUCAUGGCCGAGAUCAAAGGUGCACAGGGCGAUGGUGAUAUUGCGAGAACGACGGGCAUCUUGCGAUCGUGGGAAUCGAUCGGCAGCACGAUUGCUUACGCAGUCGGCACCACCCACUGGGGCAACACCAACCAGAUGAUCUUGGGCUUUGCGCUCUGGGGAGCCACCAUCCCGUUCACGCUGCUCGCCGUCUUUGGCGACUGGAACGUGCCGGCUGCGCUGGCCGAAGAGGCCGAGAGCAGUGGCAGCGAGCAGACACUCGAGACGCAAACUGUUGUUCUGGACCCUGAAGGAAAGGUCUAG